UUUGCCUGAAUUGGCCACCAGGCAGUUCCUUUGGAACAAGUGUAUUCGCUUGGUGGCAUAGAGCUGAUGAAAUGAUCCCUUUGUCACAAUGUUCCCUGCUCCCAGUUAUUGUAAAGAAAAUGUUCUACUGUUUGCUUUGGAUAUUUACUGUGCUUUGCAGAAUCUAUAAAGCAGAUAGAAAUUCUGUGAGAAAUGCUUACAUUUCUCCUGAGUCUGCUGAAAUUGAAAGAGGUUCAACCUUAAAACUUCUUUGCAUUCUGGGAAACUACGACAUGCCUUACAGAAAUGCAAGUCAUGUUAUCUGGAAGUUGAAUCAGAAUUUGAUUGCACAAGAAAACUACAACAUUAUCAAUGAAACUGUUGCUGGUGUAACCAUCCAUAAUUUCACCCAGGAAAGUGCACAUGUGAAAUGCUUAAUUAAAUAUCCAGAUAAAGAACAACUUCUGGUUCACACCAAAGUUAAAUCUGGCUUUCCACCAAGCACUCCAGGGAAUAUUUCCUGCAUUUACCAUUACAAUGUUAAAUUUACUUGCAGUUGGAUUCCAGGAAAAGAAACCUAUCUUACAACAAAAUAUACUCUUGUUAGAAAGCGACCCAUUUUUAUGGCGACAGAUUGUGAUAAUAUUUGCCAAACAAAUCACAGUAUAUGCUCUUUAUUUUAUCCAUUCACUGAUCGAGACUAUGUUAAUGUGAGAGAGGAAGAUGCUUUAGUUGAAGACCAAUUGGAUUUUCAUUCUAUGCAAGAUAUAAAAUCAGUCUCUGCAGACAAGAUAAAAAAUAUUACCUGCAUUUAUUUUUAUGUUGGCCGUUGUGUUCGCAGAUGGACUGCAAGAAAAGUUACCUAUCUUAAAAAAACAAAAUACGCUCAGGUUAAUAUUCAGGAUCAAAAUUUGAUGGAUGCAUUUCAAGAGGAUACCUGUCAAAGCAACAACGGAUCAUGUUCGUUUUUCCCCCCAGAUAUUCCAUUUGCUGAAGACUAUUGUUGUCAGGUGAAAGCUGAAAAUGCCUUGGGUGUAGGCAUAUCUGAUUGCGUUCCUAUAAAUAUGAAUAAAAUAGUGAAAACUAAGCCUCCUAAGAUAGUUUCAGUAGAAAAAAUUGCUGGUGUAAAGCAAUCGCUUAACGUAACCUGGGACAAACCUGAUCCAGCAUUACUAGAUUUAAAUUGUCGUCUUCGAUACAGAAACACAAAUUCAAAUACUUCGAAAACAGUUACUUUCACUAUGAAUCAAAAUAAAAGAAGAACAUCAUUUAAUCUCACGGAUCUAUGGGAUUUUACAGAGUAUGCUAUUGCCAUUCAAUGUGUUGGUGUUGAAUCAGAAAUCUGGAGUGAAUGGAGUGAAGAGGAAAUAGGAAGAACAGAACAACAAGCUCCUUCAAGAAAAGUGGAUUUGUGGAGAGUAAUUGAACCUUCACCGUCAGCUGAAAAUAGAUAUGUGCAUCUUAUGUGGAAGGUGUUAAAAGGAUAUCCAUCUUCGGAGUGUCUACUUGGCUACAAAAUACAGUACUGUCCAGAAAACAAUGCUUCUUUUAAAAUGACACACAACACUACUGACAAGGUGGCCAAGCUCCUUUUAACGGGGGAAGCCUAUGUGAUAUCUGUUGUUGCAUAUAACUCUGUUGGAGAGUCUCCUGAGGCUACUCUAAGAAUUCCAUCUAUUGGUGAAAAAACUCCCAAAUGGAUUGAUACAGUGAGGACACUUAAUUUAAAUGAACAAAUCAUUGUGGAAUGGGAAGCAUCAGUUUCAGAAAUAAACAGAUAUGUCAUUGAAUGGUCUGAGGAGUUGGAGACUGAGCCCUUGGGUAGAUCAUGGCAAUAUAUAUUAAAUACUACAAAGUGGACAGCUCAGAAAGAUGCCUUUAAACCCUUCAAAUGCUAUAAUAUCUCAGUGUAUCCUCUCUAUGGAAAUAAAAUAGGAACUCCACAUUCCAUACAAGCUUAUGUUCAAGAAGGAUGUCCAUCAGUUGGUCCUGUGGCUAAAACAAACAAUCUGGGAAAAAAUGAGGCUAUGAUAAAAUGGAAGAAGAUUCCAAAAGAUAAAAGAAAUGGCUUUAUUAUUAACUAUACAAUAUUUUAUAAACCUGAAGGUGGAAAAGAAUUAAAUGAAACUGUGAACUCUGAUGUUCUGCAAUACAGUCUGAAGUCUCUGCAAGCAAACACCCAGUAUACUGCUCAUGUCAUGGCAGCCACCAAAGCUGGCGGAACCCAUGGAAACAGAAUAACCUUCAGCACUUUGAAAUUCAGUAAAGAAGACUUUAUUUUUAUAACAAUACCAUUUGGAUUCUGUAUGCUCUUAUUAUUAAUCCUUGGGAUAACCUGUACUCUAAAAAAACACACAUUGAAAAAGGUUUGCUGGCCUGAUAUACCAAAUCCUGCAGAGAGCAUUGCUGUAGAGUGGCCUACUGACAAGCUUAAGAAUAAUUCGCCUCUGAAGGAAGUACAAUCUGAGGAUGGGACAGUAGAUCCUGAAGGCAUCUGUGUUUUGGAAUCAUGCUUUCCUGCUGAAGACCAUACUGCAUUAUUAGUAGAGAGUCAUGCGAACUAUGAUUCUAAACAUACAAAUGUUUGUAAAAAGGACAUGGGUAAUGGACAUAAAAAGAUUUUGUAUGGUGAAGAAUAUGAAGUUGUAAAACCACUAUCACCAUCAAUUCCAUAUAUAGUUACAGAACAAGACUUCAGGAGUCAAAUGUUGCUUUCAGCUUUGAUGCCUACCAGAAGAAUCCAACAUCAGCAUCUAGAAAUAUCAAAAGAAGGCUUAUGUGAGUCUCUGCAUUCUUCAAUCGAGAAUUCCAAAGAGAAUGAAAAGGAGGAAGUUCUAGAACAUACAGAUUUCAAAGAAGAAACUAAAAUCAAUCCAUAUCUGAAGAAUUCUUAUACAAGGGAAUUUCUAAUUUCUGAGAAUUUGCCAGAAUACAAUAAGGAAGCCAAAAACCAAUUGCUUGUCUUAGCCCUUUUCCAGCGAAACACUAUAGGGCAACCAUAUGUGACACUGGACAUGUUUGGACUGACCACAGCUGAUCAGUGCAUACCUGCAAAGUCAUUUUGAGGUAUUGUACUGUCCCGCUGGUCUGCUGCUUUCUCUUUGAGGGAGUGUUGCCUUCCAUACAGACAUGCGUUCAAUUUCUCUUAGCAUCACUUACUUGACUGAAAACUACCAGUUUGUUUGAACUAUUUUGAAGGAAUUAAUGCAUUUCAUCAUCUGUUAAUUUUGACUUCAUAUUAUUGUUCUCUUUAACAGACAGACAUAGAGAAAUAUGCGCCAGUAGCCAGGCAAAGGAAUCACACUUAAUUCUUUUUAUCCCUCCCCUUCCAGUUUAUUAAAACAAAUUUAUCUUUACCAUGACAGUAUCCAUCAGUGCAAGCAGGAUGCUGAUUUCCUUCUUGACAGUCUCUUUCUGAAGCAGGCUGUUGCUAAGGCCAGGCAUGAUUACUCAAACAUCGCCAGGAUCUUCAAAUCCCUUCCUUUCUUCUUUCUUAAAGUUACAAGAAAUAGAACUUCUCUUUUCCCAUUCUUCCUUCCCUUAACUUCUGUUUUCAAUUCUAUUUGUAGUGUUCCUGCUAUUUGUCAAGUAACUGGAGGCUCUGCUGUUCCUCUUGCCACUUCGGUCAUCUGGUUUGGAUAUUAUGCUUCCUGUUUGUGUCAACAAGAUUUUGUCUGUGGCCAUAGAUUUGGUUGGAUUCUCUGUCACUCUCCUGUUUCAUUUUCUCUUGGUUUUAUCUUCUGUAUUUUACUCUGUUUUUCAUUUCUCCUGGUUAUUUGUCACUCAUUGUCACUCCGUGUGCCCCAUUCUAUCAUCUUACUCCUUUGUCACUGUAGAUCUCUCCUGGCCCUCCAGCUGCUUCUCCAGUUGAUGCAUUGACUUCCUUGACUGAAAUGGCUUAACUGAACCCAGCCUCUUCUGUAGAAAAGGGCACUGAAUCUAUAUUUAAGGCAGUGCUUCUCCUCUAACUAAAGGAAAAUGCUGAAUCAAACUGAGUAGUCAAAGGAGUCCUUUGAAGAUUAUCGCAUUAAACUUAGAAUUUCUGGAAAUUACACUUGGAAAUCCUAGAAUCUUUUUUUGAGCAUGGCCAUCUUUAGAAGUGUCCAGGCAAGUAGGACUCAGUCCUGAGCUCAAUUUUGCAGUAUAUAACUUCAUUGAGUUCAGUAGUGUUACUCUUGAAAUGAGAUCAGAAUCAGUCCCAUAGAGAAUUCUGAUGAGAAUUAGAUGAUUUGCAAAAACAUUUAAAAAAUGACAAAUCAAAAUAAGCAAAGCUAUUGAGCACGGAAGAGGGAAACACUUGUGGUUAUACCAGAGGCAUAUUAAUAAUCAAAAGAAAAAAAAUGUUCAUAAGGGGACUGGUUCUUUAUAGACCAGAAAAAUUGAAUCAAAAAGUCCGUUAGAAUAAAGGCCAAGCUGACUUCUAUAUUUGUAUAGAUCCAAGCACACUGACAGAGCUCAGUAAAAAAUAUUAAAACUUAAAAUGACAAGUGUUCAAGUCCCCAUUCACUGUUUGGGCAGCUGGGCCUAAUGAGAUAUGUGGCUUGUCCUUUGAUCAUUUUCAAGAUAAUACUAACCAUUUUUAUUUUCUUUGAAUUUCAUCCCAGUAGCACAACAAAGAUGACUGAGUGUAUGUCUACACUGCAGCUAAGUGUGUUCCUCCCAGCCCAGACGGACAGACAGACAUGUGCUAGAUCUCCUUGAGCAAUCACGCUAAAAAUAGCUGCGCGGAUGUAGCUGCAUGGGCUAGUCACCUGUGCAAAGACCCAAGGGGUUGGGUGGGCUUGUAUUUGGGUGGCUUUCCUGUGCUGCAGUGUCCACAGUGCUAUUUUUAGCAUGCUAGCUCAAGCAGAGCUAGUGUGUGUCUGUCUACCUGGGCUGGGAGGCAUGCUCCCAGCUGCAGUGCAGAUAAAUUCUAAAUGGUGCCAGGGACUGAUAAUGGACUAUUAAGCCAUUAAUUCUGAAAUGAGUGAAUUGAAUGUUGUCCACAUUAGCAGUACCCAGAAGUUAUUACAAUGUGAAAAGGGUUGGGAGACCAAUGUGAAAUGAAUUGUUGGUCUGCUGGCUACCAGAAUUUGCAUUAAUUGGCAUCCUAAGACUCCUAGGCACGACAGUAAUCAUCAUAAUCAUCACCCUUGCCGGCAUUCUUGGUCUGGGAUACUGAAUGUGCAUGGAGAGUCAACUUAAUCCUCUUACUCUUAGGGAGGAUCCCUCCAAAUCAUAGCUGAGGCUGCUUAUUGAGACUGGGGGAAAGUGUGCAUUGCCUGUUGAGUAUUAUUAAUGAAUACUAACAUUUACUAUUUAAAAAAACUUUGAAAACAUAUUCCUGUAAACAUGAAAUUGCCUAGAACGUUGCUCAAAUUUAUUCCUUGUGAAUGCAGAGAUUGUCUCCUGGAACAUCCUCCCUCCCAUUGACCAUCAAAUAGUAUCAUUGUGGCAUCUGUAUCAAUUGUUUACAUGGAGAAAUGAUAUUAGGGAAGUAUUAAUGUAAUUUAGCUGCUGGAAAUAAGGAGACAUAAACAUGUGACCAGCUUUCUGCAAACCACCAGUAAGUGCUUCACAGAUCAACAUUGGUUCAUGGACCAAUUAGAGAAACUGGUCUAAAACAUAGGAAAGUCUACACAUAAUCUUUAUUAAAUACUGGACUGCAUGCACUAAUGUAUGUACUGCAUGAACAAGACCAAUAAUCUGCAACCCUUUCCAUGCAGUCAAAUACUUGUGUAUAAAAAUGCCGUGUGACUGCAGUCACACAACUAUCAUAUCUAAUGCACUAUUUUAAUCAGAUUUUUUCUUUAGUUUUGAAUGCAUCUGCUCUGUAUUGGUUAUUUGAAAAAAUAAAUCAGUAAGAAUUUUAUGGCAGUAGUGGGGUUUUUGUGUUUGGUUCGUUAUUUUUACUGUUAGAGGAUGUGAAUACACACCCUUAAAUUUUCUAAGCAAUGAGAAGUGAGGAAGGAUGGGUUUUAGUGAGAAAGGCACAGGACUGGGAAUUAGGAGACCAGGGUUUUUCUUUUCCUGGCUCUGUCCCCCUUUCUGUGUAAUCUUGGAUGACUCUCUCUAUACCUCAGUUUCCUCCUCUGUAAAAUGCCUAUUUGUCAAAUGUGUAGUGAGACUAAAUUUUAAAGCACGUUUUGAUCCUUGGAUAAAAAGUGCUAAGUCAAAUAUAAAGUAGCAUUAAUUUCCAAUGAGAAAUGAAGUUGUACUGAUGGUUUUUGAGGAUCCAGGUUUUAGUGGUGGGACAUAUGAAUUUGAAUUAAGUGUCUCCAGACCCUUCUGUUAUUCUGGGAGACCUAACUUAAUCCCUACUGGUUAAUGUACGAUUCAUAGGCCAUCUGGAUAGAAGGAACGAACUUUUUAAUUGCGGACUCAGUAGUUGCAGAAUGAUAGUCAAGUAUGCAUUUGGCUAUCUGAAAGGGAGAUGGUGCUAUUUGUGUAAUAGUUUGGAAGCACCAGAAAAAAACAUGCCAACCAUUAUAUCACUGUGUUGUACUCUGCACGAUAUUCGUGAGAAUAAGGGGGAAAAAGCCUUACUGCUGGGGGUGGUCCAGAUAUUUGCUCAGUGGUAAAAACAGCAGAUGUCUCAUAGUAAAUGGAAACACACGGGGAAAUAUUGUUAGGGAUGCCUAUUGUUCUUAUUUUGAGUCUCAUCCCUGAAAAUGUGUGACUGUACAAUCAGCCAUUAGCCCGUGGAGGUGGAAUUUGGGUUCACUGUGUGCAUUGCUUAUGGGUGAUGCAAGUGCGGUCUUGUUCAAGUACUUUUUAAAAACCCUGUACAUUAUUUUAACUUUGUUUAAAAGUGUUUGACUUUCAUGCAGUAAUGAGUCAUAAUGUAUGAAUUUUAAAUUUUUUAUUAUGAAACAACGGUGAUGUAACAGACCAAAAAUAAAAUUGUUAUAGAACCAA